AUGUUAGAUCAAAAUAAAACGGUAGGAUUACUACUAUUUUUAUUAGGAAUAGUAUUUGGAUUUAUAGGAAUAGCACUUUUUUUUGAUAAAUUCUUUUUAUGUAUUUCUAAUAUACUGUUUUUACUAGGUUUAUAUUUUUUAGUUGGUAUUAGAAAAAUAUUAAGAUUUUUUAUGAAUAGAAAAAAAAUAGCUGGUAGUGCAUGUUUUAUUAUUGGUUUAUUACUAAUUAUUUUUAGUAGAACUUUUAUUGGUUUUUUGUUUCAAGCUUAUGGGAUAUAUAAAUUAUUUUUUUCUUUCUUACCUAAUAUAGUAAAUUUCAUAAAAUAUUCUCCUUUUAGUUUCCUUUUAGAAUUACCAGGAAUUAAACAAAUGUCUAAUUAUAUUGUAAAUAAUAAAAGAUUGCCAAUUUAA